UUGUCUUCAUGAUGACCAUCAUCUCUCUGCUCCUGCUGGCCUCUCUACUGCCACACCUGACCUUCACUGCUAGUGUGAAUGUGGGUAUAGUGAAUGGCACGGAAGCAAAACCUCACUCCAGACCUUACAUGGUGUCUGUUCAGAUUGACAAGCAUCACGCCUGUGGUGGAUUCCUCGUCUCUGAGAGAUUUGUCAUGACUGCUGCACAUUGCCAAAUAAUUUCUCCAGCUCUGACAGUUGUGCUAGGUGCACAUGAGCUACAUAAAAAGGGCGAGAAUUUAGUCCGAAUCAAAGUGGAAUCAUCCCAUCAGCAUUCGGACUAUAACCCAGAAACACUUCGUAAUGACCUCAUGCUUUUGAAGUUAGAAAGAAAUGUUCAACUUAACGACAAUAUCAAGCCGAUAUCCAUACCAACAGAAGAAGGUGAUAUCGAAGCAGGUUCUGUUUGCAGUGUCGCAGGCUGGGGACUUUUAGAAACUAAUGGCACCAUAAGUGAUCGCCUCAUGGAGAAAAAUGUGAUGGUCAUGGAUAACAGAAAAUGUGAAAGCAAAUGGACGAAGACAGACUUUUCAGCUUCCCUGAUGAUGUGUGUUUAUGGAGAUGGAGGAAGCUGUGUGGGAGAUUCAGGAGGUCCUUUGGUUUGUGGAGACACUGCUUUUGGGGUCUCAUCUUUUGGUGACCGUAAACUCUGUAAUUCACCAGAGCUACCUGAAGUGUAUACUAAGAUUUCAGCAUAUCUUCCAUGGAUAAAGAAAAUAAUUGGAAAUGGCAAUUAAAUCUUGCAGAUGAAAUGGGGUGAUUUGUUUUCUUUUUGUAGUCGAUUUCCCAAAAAAUUUUACUUCAAUAAACAUAAUAUGCAUUGAUAUACUGUCUAAAGAUUUUAUUUAA